CUUCGUAGGGUUUUGGGGUUUUUGCUCGUCUUCUCGCUCUUUCCAGGAGGCAGUUUCUGCUGCCAAAUACUGAUUGGUGAGAAUGGGUGAGACUGGCAAGCGUUACCGUUCGCAGAGGGAUAGGGAUAAUGAUGGAGACGGAAAACACCAGAAGAAACGGUCAACCAAUAAAGAUGAUUCAGGGGAUGGUGAGUUGAUUGUAUAUCGCAUCCUUUGCCCAGACAAUGUUAUUGGUAGUGUGAUUGGUAAGAGUGGGAAAGUAAUAAAUUCAAUAAGACAAGAGACACGGGCAAAGGUGAAGAUUGUGGACCCUUUUCCUGGAGCUAAGGAUCGGGUGAUCACAAUAUAUUGCUAUGUUAAGGACAAGAGCGAUGUGGAGGUUGACGAUGAGGAUGAAGACAUGGAGCCUCUCUGCCCAGCCCAGGAUGCUCUUCUCAAAGUGCAUUUGGCCAUUGCCGAUGCAUUGGAUACUGGUGGAGAUUCUGACAAGAAACAAAAAGAUAAAGAGGAAGCACACCUUCUUGUCCCUACUAGCCAAUCCGCAAAUAUCAUUGGUAAGUCUGGGUCAACUAUCAAGAAGUUAAGAAAUAAGACAAGGGCAAACAUCAAAGUUACACCAAAGGAAACAGAUGACCCCACUCAUUCAUGUGCUAUGGACUUCGACAACUUUGUUCUGAUAACGGGUGAUGCUGAAGCAGUAAAAAAGGCACUAUAUGCCAUAUCAUGUAUCAUGUACAAGUUCUCUCCUAGAGAAGAUGUUUCUCUUGAGACAUCCGUGCCAGAAGCACCCCCUAGUAUCAUUAUUCCAUCAGACGUCCCUAUUUAUCCUGGAGGCUUCUAUCCAAGUGCCGAUCCUAUAGUUCCUGCUUCCAGAUCUAUGCCCUCAAUCAUGGGAGCUACACCUCAUGUACAAGAUCUACCUGGAUAUGCAGACACAGGUAGUGCAUGGCCAGUGUAUUCAAAUGCCCUUCCCAUGGUUUCUGGUUAUGCAGCUCCAUCUCGAUCUGAGGAGUUGACAGUAAGAAUGUUGUGUCCUUAUGACAAGAUUGGCCGUGUUAUUGGUAAGGGAGGAAGUUCCAUUAAAAGUGUGAGGCAGGCAAGUGGUGCUCGUAUUGAGGUUGAUGACAAAAAAGUUGAUCGUGAAGAGUGUCUAAUCACUAUCACAUCAACAGAGUCCUCAGAUGAUGUGAAAUCAGUGGCAGUUGAAGCUGUUCUAUUGCUGCAGGAGAAGAUAAAUGACAAUGAUGACGACACUGUUGGUACCCGUUUCCUUGUUCCAUCUAAAAUUAUUGGGUGUAUUAUUGGAAAGAGUGGUUCUAUUAUAAAUGAAAUCCGGAAGAGAACUAAAGCUGAUGUACGUAUAUCGAAAAGUGAGAAACCUAAGUGUGCUGGCGAUAAUGAUGAGCUCGUUGAGGUGGUUGGAGAGGUGAGUAGUGUGAGGGAUGCGCUUGUUCAAAUAGUUUUGAGGCUUCGAGAUUAUGCCUUGAAAGACAGGGACAGUGGUCGCAAUCCUCCUCCUGCUGCUGAUUCUCUUUAUUCUAGUGGUAGUGGUCUUUCUGUGCCUUCAGCCUUACCUAGUGUCCCUUCUGUUGCUCCAUUGGGUUAUGAUCAAAGGGUUGAUAGUGGAAGUGGCUUGGGCAUGCUUUCCUCAAGUAGCCUCUAUGGCUAUGGGUCAUUGUCGGUGGGAGAGAAUGGCUAUGUUUCCUUCGUGAUGACCGUCCUGACGUUGUCCUUCGGGCCUUGCUGGUCCGGCUCAUCGCAGUCUACCCUCUUCUCGGCUUGUUCUUUAGCAGGUACUAAUUUUAUCCCGAGGACCCUAGGAGGUGAGUCCCCUUCAUCCACAUCUCCUUUUAACUCCGUCGCUUGA